AUGUCGCCGGGAACCGCAGGAAUUCUAGGUGGCGGUCUCCAAACUGAAUGCCCCGCCUUGUCUGGUUCGCAUCUGACCCCGAGUAUAAAAGUGGACGCGCUCCUUGGUGCCUCUCAGAGAGACGCCCCUCCUGUUUCUUUUUACCUUUGCACGCUUUUCAUCGAGAUUAUGCAAUAUUCUCACUACUCGUCAAACGCCGAGGAUCCACACCGGACUUCUCCCCUUUUCUGGCCACAUAUCCCGACAAGCCACGCCCAGGCUUCCCAAGGCCUGCCAUCCGAGUCGCUGUUUUCCCCAUUACCGGAGGUACAUCCUAGUGUGGCUACUCCGAGCGCUCUGAUACAACCAACGAUGUCCCCAUACGCAUUUGAUGGGUGCGGAGAUGGGCUCUCGAUGUCAGCGUCAGGAUCCUGCUCGACAAAUUUCAUAAGAGAGGAUCGGAGUCGGUCUUUCUGGGGUGACCGCUUGUUCACAGUAUCACCCCCGACGCCAACCAGCCAUCUCCCGCCUCCCCUGGUCUUCCAGCAUGCCCUUGUCCAGGGCCAACUAAAUGAGCUCGAGACUGUCUCGUAUUCUCAGCCCUAUGAGGCCUCUUACAGGGACACACUCACCCCCGGGAACCAGAGGAUAUACGAAGAUUGUCGGGGGAACCGACACAGCUACUCGAGUUUUGUCUUGGACAGUCUCUUGACGCUCCAGUACAUUUAUGGGGAGCUAGCGAUUCCAGUGAGCGAUUCAGAGGGGAAAAAGAUGUACAAGUGUGGGAUCUGUGCCCAUCCCUCGACCACGCAGCCAAAGCGUGAUCCUACUGAGACUCAACGACGAUGGGACCUUUCGCCCCAUGUCUUGAGCCACACCUUGACACCCAUCAAGCCAUGGUUUUGCGAUUGCGGCAAGUCAUAUAUUCGCUCCCAUGACAUGAAGCGACACACCAAGGAUUGCGAAACUGCUCAAGCCCUCAAUAGGAAGCAGAACAAGUCGAGUAUGCCCCAAGUUGCAGCCUCAGGUAGCUCAGAAUCAGUCUUCAACCCCCGGGUGGACGCUUCUCCUUCUGUUCAUGGAAUCACCCGAGAGACGUUGCCGGCACCUUGCGCCUCUGUUUCUGAUCUCGAUCGACCUCAUGUGGUCAAUUCGUGGAUGCCUGGGCCUUUCGCUUCUAUGAGGCCUCCGGUGUACCCGUUCAAUCCUGAACCAGCCUUCUACUCAGAGAAGUCUGUCGUUUCAGAAAAGUCGCAAGCGCCGUGUGACUUGGAGUCUGGUCAUCGUGCCUCGAUAAGCCGUCGUAGGAUCCCUUCCCGAGAAAAGGACGCAAUUCAACUGAUCCAACACUCGGACAUUACUCGUUUCAUCUACUACGGACGAAAGAUUAUCCGACUUGCUUACGACUACCAACCCAAGAGAAAUCAAACGAUUAUCCCACCUUGGGCAGUCAUCGCUUUGUGCAACUCCUGGACUUUCCCGCUCCCAAAUCUUGAAAGGAUAGACUUCUCCUCUGCUGAUCGAGAAGGGUGGUAUGUGCUUCCACACCUCGUAUCGCCAAGGACGUCCUCGGUGGUCCUCGACUUGCACCCAGAGAGUGUGGAUGCGCUCGAGGUUGACCCGACUUCGUUGAAGGAGGUGCUCUCCCGACUCUCGGAUGCAGCAAUCGACGUCUUCAUUGUCCGCAUGAAGAAAAAGGAGAGCGCCACAUUGGCAGGAAUAUUCACCGAGUUCAUACCCAAAUUGCCGACGAUUCGAAAGCUUCAGAUUCCCCUCGCAGGAGCAUCGGUUCCGAACGCAUUGUAUCCGCUUUGCCUCAAUAGAUCUCUCGCAGCGGUAGAUUUCCAAAUCUACGGCGGUACUUUCGACCUGGACCACCUACUUAUGCCGCCCAGUCCGUUUCCAAACUUGCGUACCCUACACCUCGCGUCGACGAUAUCGUUCUAUCUCCCGCUCAUUCAGAGCAUACAAUCAACAUUGCUCAAUUGCAUCCGACUUUCCUUUGUAGAGCACGUGCCGUGUCCAUCAGCAACGUUUCACUCUCUGAUACAAGCAACUUGCUCUGCGACGACUAGUCUCCGAACCUUUGAACUGACGAUCAAGGCGCCUUCAAGUCACCGUACAUUGUCCAAUCUCCCCACGGCAGCAGUUUUCUUGCCUCUGCUAGCUCACCGCAAAUUGGAGGAGCUGAGGGUCGAUCUCGGGGUGCCUGUGCAAAUGACUGAUGGAGACAUCGACACCAUUAGCUACAUGUGGCCCCACUGUCGAAAAUUAAAGCUUGUAUCGAACAUUGGUGUGGAUGGACUCCCGGCGGGAUGGAAGCCCAUGUGCACAUUUCGGGGCCUUGCCGCAUUGCUCUUCCAUCUCCGUCAUAUCAGAGAACUGGUCAUCGAGUUUGAUGCGACGACAUUGGAGGAAAUGAUGGACGAUGGCAUCGGGCCGUUGGAUUCGCCAACAUUGACUCCUGACGGCGAGAGCUUUUCGGGUCAAAUCCGCCGAACGAGUCAACUACGGGUGCUUGAAGUGGGGCAUUCUCCAGGUGGCGAACCCUCGAGUGUAGCCGGGUUUAUCGGCGUCCUUUGUCCGAAGCUACUUGAGCUAAAGUGGUUGGAGGAAAGUGAAAAGUGGGCGCGAACGCAAUUGGUGCUCAACAAGAUCCGUGACGUGCGCAGUCGGUAUCUUUGA